AUGGCGGAGCCGAGCGUUCGAUUGGGCGAUAUCGGAGACCAACCCUAUGAAGCGCACCCGAAUCGAAGAACUAAGCAAUGGAGACUUCCAAUCAAAGACACAAGCAAAGCCUCAAAGACUAGAGCUAUGAUGAAUUUAACCAGCUCGGGAGACUAUCAUGAAACCCUAGAUGGCGAGGAUAAGGAAGGUAAUUUGGACAGCGUGGCAAUUGGGAGCUGGAAAAUUAGGGAUUCUAAAUCGAAGAGGAAUUCAACCAAGAGAGUGAGGUCUAAUUGGGUUUCAAAAAUCGAUGAGAACGAGAAGUUCAGUGGAGGUGGUAAUGAGGAGGAUGAGAAAUUCAGUGGUGAAGAUGAUGGGUAUAGGGAUUUCAAUCGGGAUGGUUCGGAGAGUCCGUUGAAGGAGGUCCAAAGUCCAAUUCAUUCGUUAGAUAAUUUGGAUAGAGGGAAUUUUCAUAGGAGGGGUGGUGUUAGGGGUACCCGGUUUUCCAUGGAGGGUANAUUGGGCGAUAUCGGAGACCAACCCUAUGAAGCGCACCCGAAUCGAAGAACUAAGCAAUGGAGACUUCCAAUCAAAGACACAAGCAAAGCCUCAAAGACUAGAGCUAUGAUGAAUUUAACCAGCUCGGGAGACUAUCAUGAAACCCUAGAUGGCGAGGAUAAGGAAGGUAAUUUGGACAGCGUGGCAAUUGGGAGCUGGAAAAUUAGGGAUUCUAAAUCGAAGAGGAAUUCAACCAAGAGAGUGAGGUCUAAUUGGGUUUCAAAAAUCGAUGAGAACGAGAAGUUCAGUGGAGGUGGUAAUGAGGAGGAUGAGAAAUUCAGUGGUGAAGAUGAUGGGUAUAGGGAUUUCAAUCGGGAUGGUUCGGAGAGUCCGUUGAAGGAGGUCCAAAGUCCAAUUCAUUCGUUAGAUAAUUUGGAUAGAGGGAAUUUUCAUAGGAGGGGUGGUGUUAGGGGUACCCGGUUUUCCAUGGAGGGUAGGGAUUGUCAUGAUGGGGUUGAAUUGGAUGGCCCAAGUGAUACAGAUGCGAGGAAUUGGAAUAAUUCGGAGAGGAAUGGGGUGAGGGUUUGGUUGAAUCAGUUGGGAUNUAGGGAUUGUCAUGAUGGGGUUGAAUUGGAUGGCCCAAGUGAUACAGAUGCGAGGACUUGGAAUAAUUCGGAGAGGAAUGGGGUGAGGGUUUGGUUGAAUCAGUUGGGAUUGGGACGGUACGCCCCGGUUUUUGAGAUACAUGAGGUGGAUGAUGAGGUUUUGCCAAUGCUGACUUUGGAGGAUUUGAAAGAUAUGGGUAUUAAUGCUGUUGGCUCGAGGAGGAAAAUGUAUUGUUCGAUUCAGAAGCUAGGUAAAGGGUUUUCGUGAGUUUGAGUUUGAUUCGCGCUGUGGGUCGAUAGAAUUGGAGAAGAACUAGUACAAUAGCCAUGGAAGACACAAUGUCGAAAUGGGUAUGAGCAUCUUGGGUUAUUUCUUGCAACCUACUAUCUUGCAAUGUAAUGGUUUUGUUUCAACACUUCAUAUGUUUCUUUAUGAUUGCCCUAGGUGAUGCAUUUUAAUCUACUAGUGCAGUUUCAUGCGAAAGAGUACUUAACUUUGCUAGUGUAGCAUUAGAGAACGAAAAUAACUAUUGUACUUGAGGAGCAAAUGACUAGGCAAUUACUGACAAAUAUAGAUGAUGUAAUUUUGAUAAUGGCUG